AUGAGCUCCUCCAGUGAGCCACAGGGGCUCGUCGCUAUCCCCAGCGAUGACAGCAACGAUGCUGUGCCGUCUAUGCCGCCAAUUCAACACACCCGGGUGAGGGAGUCUCCGGGAAAUCUGUUCGACGCCUCAGAGGGCGCGGCGUUGAUCCACGCAUGCAACGCCCAAGGCGUCUGGGGAGCAGGCAUCGCGAGGGCGUUUCGGGAACGAUAUCCCGCCGCCUACCAGGUCUACCGCACCCACUGCAGACAACUCCUCGCCCGCCGUGAACCCAAUACCCUGAUCAACCUGCAGUCUGGCAACGAAACCACCAUUCGGGUGUGGCACCCGCUGGGCACGGCGCUAAUUAUCCCGCCCCAGCAGGCUGAUCUGGCGGCCGGAAAGAAGCGCCACUGGAUCGUGUGCCUCUUUACCUCCGGUGGAUAUGGUCGUCAGGUGGACCCGCCCAACCUUAUCGUCAACAGCACCUAUUCUGCGCUCUGCGAUCUGAAGAGACAACUGCAGCUGCUUGACUCUGACCAAACUCAAGGCCUUGCAGGUGACGGUGAUGCGCCCACUGCGCUUUACUCUUGCCGUUUUAAUUCCGGGAUGUUUGGUGUUUCUUGGGACAGGACUCGGAGCUUGCUUGAUGCCGUUGGGUUGGAUGUAAUGGUUGUCUAUCCGUUCGGAGAGGAGGUUGAUGAUCAGGCUAGCUCUGGGUGUGGAGGUGCCCGAGCUGCUCGGGCUAUUACUUAG